GGAUACCACGAUACACUUCUACUUCCUGGGCAUUAAACGUUGGUUUGAUUGUCGUCGUCUGUGUCUGUUUUUCUUAAAACUGGUGUUUUUUUACAUUGUUUAAUUUCUUCACGCACCCCCCACAUCACAAUGGCAGAGGAUGUGCAGAAACAUUCGGUCCAUACUCUGGUUUUCAGAUCCCUCAAGAGGACUCAUGAUAUGUUUGUUUCAGACCAUGCGAAGCCAGUUGCACUGGACGAGACAAGUCAUAAAGUUAAAAUGGCUGCAAAGUUGAGAGCUGAGUACAGUUCCAUUCUUCACAUGCCGGUGUUAAAAGAGGGAAGAGACAAAGACCACAUGUUAGAUCCAUACAGCAUGGGCUAUUCUGAUCCUGGCUCCAACCCAGAGUAUUUAAUAACAGGAACACAUCCUUAUCCAUCUGGACCAGGGAUAGCCCUGAGUGCAGACACACAGAUGCUCAAGAUGCCAUCGGAGGGAGGAGCUCACUCUUUGGCACUGACCUUGCCCCCCUCCCAAGCCAGGCAAGAUGCCAGUCGCACUGCAGCCAGUGUGGGAGAGAUUCACAGGCACGCUGGAGGGCCAGAGAGAUCGAUGCCACCUCAGCAUAGCAUGUCUCUGUUGGAAGCCGGAGGGACCAAGAGUACCACUAUGGUGCCAAGGAAGGCUCCAACCAUGCCCAAGCCACAGUGGCAUCCCCCCUGGAAGCUGUAUCGGGUCAUCAGCGGUCAUCUUGGUUGGGUUCGUUCCAUUGCUGUUGAGCCUGGCAACCAGUGGUUUGUAACCGGAUCAGCAGACAGGACCAUAAAGAUUUGGGACCUUGCGAGUGGGAAGCUGAAGCUGUCUCUGACUGGCCACAUCAGCACGGUGAGGGGGGUGGCGGUCAGCACACGCAGCCCCUACCUCUUCUCCUGUGGAGAGGACAAGCAGGUCAAAUGUUGGGACCUGGAGUACAACAAGGUCAUCAGGCACUACCACGGUCAUCUCAGUGCGGUGUAUGACCUGGACCUGCACCCAACCAUUGAUGUUCUGGUGACCUGCAGUCGUGACUCCACAGCAAGAGUGUGGGAUAUCAGAACCAAGGCCAACGUUCAUACCCUGACUGGUCACACCAAUACAGUGGCAACAGUGAAAUGCCAGAGUGCAGAGCCUCAGAUUAUCACAGGAAGCCAUGACACCACCAUCAGGCUCUGGGAUCUCAUUGCCGGGAAGACGAGAGCCACGCUGACCAAUCAUAAGAAAUCUGUGCGUGCAGUAGUGCUGCAUCCACGACAAUACACGUUUGCCUCUGGCUCUCCUGACAACCUAAAGCAGUGGAAGUUCCCAGAUGGAAAUUUCAUUCAGAACCUUUCAGGCCACAAUGCCAUCAUUAACACACUGGCUGUCAACUCGGAUGGUGUGCUGGUGUCAGGCGCUGAUAACGGCACCAUCCACAUGUGGGACUGGAGGACCGGCUACAACUUCCAGCGCAUCCAUGCAGCCGUGCAGCCUGGCUCCCUGGACAGCGAGUCGGGAAUCUUCGCUUGCACAUUCGACAACUCCGAGAGCCGAUUUAUCACAGCAGAGGCCGACAAGACCAUCAAGGUGUAUAAAGAAGACGAUACAGCGACUGAAGAAUCACAUCCUGUCAAUUGGAAACCAGAGAUCAUCAAGAGGAAGAGGUUUUAAAGGAGGAAGGGUGUUUAUUUUUUAUCAGUUUCUUUUCUCCAAUAGUUUCAUUUCCAAUUAUGCCUGACGCUGUGUUUGUAUGAAAACUAUAAUUUUCACAGAUAAGUCUCCCAGAUAUAAAAUGACACAAAAUAUCCCAGUUACAUUUUGAAUGGGUUGUAUCUCAAUAAAGAAUUCAAAUUUUUUUCGUAA